AUCAGUUUAGCUAGCAACAUUUUGGUGCUGCUGAUGUUUGUCAAAUUUAAGGAGCUGCGCACAGCAACCAAUUCCAUCAUAAUCAACCUGGCAUUUACUGAUAUUGGAGUGGCUGGUAUUGGCUAUCCCAUGUCUGCUGCCUCUGACAUUCAUGGAAGCUGGAAAUUUGGAUAUGCAGGUUGCCAGAUAUAUGCAGCUCUAAACAUAUUCUUUGGUAUGGCCAGUAUCGGUCUGCUGACUGUUGUGGCCAUCGACCGCUACCUCACCAUCUGCAGACCAAAUACAGGACAGAAAAUGACAGUCUGCACAUACAACCUUCUUAUCAUGGGAGCAUGGCUUAAUGCUGUAUUUUGGUCCUCUAUGCCAAUAGUGGGCUGGGCAAGCUAUGCUCCUGACCCAACUGGAGCUAUAUGCACCAUUAACUGGAGACAAAAUGAUGGGUCCUUCAUUUCUUACACUAUGGCAGUGAUUGCUGUGAACUUUGUACUACCUCUGUCUGUCAUGUUUUACUGCUACUACAAUGUAUCAGUCACUGUGCGAAGGUACAAAACCAGGAAAUCUCUUGACAGCAUGAACACUGAAUGGUCAGACCAGAUGGAUGUCACUAAGAUGUCCAUCGUGAUGAUUCUCAUGUUCCUGGUGGCCUGGUCUCCUUACUCCGUUGUGUGUCUCUGGGCAUCAUUUAGUGACCCAAAGAUGAUUCCUGCUUCAAUGGCAAUAAUUGCUCCACUGUUUGCCAAAUCAUCCACUUUUUACAACCCCUGCAUUUAUGUCAUUGCCAACAAAAAGUUCAGAAGAGCCAUCACAGGAAUGAUCCUAUGCCAAACAAGAAACCAUUUUUCCGUCGACACCCAGGUGCCCAUGACGAUCUCUCAACAGCUUCUGACCCAGUGACAGAAGUCUGCAUCAGCAUUGUGUUAUUAUGAAACCCUGACAAACACU